AUGAGCACCAACCCACCUCUGCUGUUUCACAAAAGAGGUGGACCUAUACAAGACUCUAAUGAGGAACCGUUACACCACCGCCCCCGAUUACCCGUAAUUCCGGAUCUGCGUUUUGAAUACAGUUACCUUCGAAGCAUCCAGCCUUACUUCAAAGUCCAACGAGUUGUUCCGGAACCCCGACAAGAUAUUGAUACAGGGCUAGGGGAGAGAUAUGAGAAGGUGGACGCACAUAGUGAUAAGGGCAAGGAUAAGGAGGGUGAACAGCUUCAGCUUGUACGUUCAGAGACCAUAGAAGUUCAAUGGGGCAAGAUAAUUUGGGUGACUACUCGAGACCAAGUUAUUAGCCCUCUCUUACAGGGCGCGUUAUGGGCUCUUGCAAGUUAUUAUCUCAACCCGUUCUCUGCGCAACUUGGCUCAAGGAUGGGCACUUUUGUGCGUUCACAUGUACCUACGAAAGAAGGACUGGGCGCUGGUUGGCUGAGGGACUGGGUUAAGAGGCUUGGGAUAACGAGUGAAGGUGGUGAACGGCGGUGA